AUGGGGUUUAUUGUGGAUGGUGAGAUCAGGUUAAUUGGUCCAAAUGUGUGUUCUGGAAGAGUGGAAGUCCUCCAUAACGGAGUGUGGGGAACAGUCUGUGAUGAUAGCUGGGACUUGAAUGAUGCUGCAGUGGCCUGUAGGCAGAAGGGCUGUGGAUCAGCACUGAGUGCACUACCACUAGCAUACUUCGGUGCAGGAACAGGACAGAUCUGGCUUGAUGAUGUUCUCUGUAAAGGAAAUGAAAGUGAUCUGUCUCAGUGUACCCACAAUGGAUACGGGAUUAACAACUGUGGACAUGGCGAGGAUGCUGGUGUCAUUUGUGCAGCGGAUGGUGAGAUCAGGUUAAUUGGUCCGGAUCUGUGUUCUGGAAGAGUGGAAGUCCUCCAUAACGGAGUUUGGGGAACCGUCUGUGAUAACGGCUGGGACAUAAAUGAUGCUGCAGUGGUCUGCAGGCAGAUGGGCUGUGGAUCAGCACUGAGUGCACCACCACUGGCAUACUUCGGUGCAGGAACAGGACAGAUCUGGCUUAGUUAUCUUCUCUGUACUGGAAGUGAAAGUGAUCUGUCUCAGUGUACCUACGAUGGAUACGGGAUUAACAACUGUAUACAUAGCGAGGAUGCUGGUGUCAUUUGCGCAGAGCCUAUCUUCCCAACUUUCAAGAAGGUGGUGAAGAUGACGCUGCAGAUCCCGCCCUCUUUGGACUUGAAUGACCCUGCGGAACAGGAAGACCUGCUGCAGCAGCUCAGUCAGAAGCUGAAAGACCAGGGAGUGGAUGGAGAAGUGAAGCUGAGCUGGAGGAAGCUGCCAGACUGAGAAGACUUUCCCAUGGAGGAGCUUUUCAAAGCAAGCCGAGCUCUAACAUUUGUAGAUUUUCUUUUUCUUUCAAACUCCUGUUCUUGUUUUCACAAAGAAACAAAAAUCUAAUGAAUGAGAUUAGCUUCUUAGUCAAGAUACAUGUUGAUCCUUCUGUUGUCUGCUCAUUUCAGAUUAAUUAUACAUUAUACAUUUACAUAUUAGGCCUCUUUAUAUACUCCAAGUCUGGACAGGUAAACAGCACAUUAGAGUUUUUUGUGUUUUUUAAAGUCAAAUAAAACCUUCAAAAACCCAAAA